CUCGACUCUGCUCUAGUGGACCUACCAUACUUUGACUCUACUCUUCUCCACUUCGAGGCAGAGAUCCUAGGACCAGCUGGACCAUUAGAGAGAGCCUGUAUCAGAGCUGUGUGACGAUGCUGACCUCCGUGUGUGUGCUGGUGCUGCUGGCUGUGUGGCCUGCUGCGGGGAGGAGCAGUGGCCUGCUGGGGAAGCCUGGGCAGGGCGUGGAGCACAGCGGAAUGAACUCUCUCCAACACCUCAACAUCCAGGUGAUUCAGAGCCGGGGUUUCCCUGACCAGGACCAGGACCAGGGGUCUGUGUUGCACAUCAGGGCUCCUCGAGGAGCAGAGGAGGAGGACUCUGACCCAGAUACAGGGGAGCAACAGUCCACCUUCUCGCAGUCCUACGAGAACGAGUUCUUCACCACCCCCAGAGCCACACAGCUCACUAACUCCACUCAGGAGGAUGAGGCAGAUGUAGAGGCGGGGACUGAGGACGGCAACCAUGGCAACGAAACCGACAGGGGCAUCACUCACAUCCGCAACCCCCUGUUCCCCGUCACAGACAGCUCCUACAGCGCCUACGCAAUCCUUUUCCUGUCUCUGGUGGUGCUGGCGGUGGGAAUUGUGGGUAAUCUGGCGGUGAUGUGCAUUGUGUGGCACAACUACUAUAUGAGGAGCUCCUGGAACUAUCUUUUGGCCAGCUUGGCAUUCUGGGACUUCCUGGUUCUCUGCUUCUGUCUUCCUGUAGUGGUCUUCAACGAGCUGACCAAUAAGAGGCUGCUAGGAGAGGUCUCCUGCCGCCUGGUGCCUUAUAUGGAGGUAACGUCACUGGGCGUGACAUCAUUCAGCCUGUGCGCUCUGGGCAUCGACAGGUUCCAUGCAGCCACCAGCUCCCAGCAGCCCAAGGCGCGUCGCGUGGAGCGCUGCCGUUCGGUCCUGCUCAAGCUGCUGUUCGUCUGGGUGGGCUCCAUGGUCCUAGCUUCCCCCGAGCUCCUCCUCUGGCAGCUCAGCCAGGCCGUGUCUCCUACCACCGGGGCCCUGGUGGACUCUUGCUCCAUCCACCCCACGUCCCCCUCCACCCUGCCCCUGCCGGACUCCCUGUACUCCCUGCUCCACAGCUACCACCAGGCCCGUAUGUGGUGGUACUUUGGCUGCUACUUCUGCCUACCUGUGGUGUUCACCCUGCUCUGCCAGCUAGCCACCUGCCACGUCACCAACGACGCCAACGCCGCCGCCGUCAGCUUCGCCUCCCAGCGCGGCCAUGGAGACCGCUUGCCGUCCAAGCAGCAGAAGCUGCAGGUGCAGCUGGUGGAGCGUCAGCUGAGCUGCACCGUCCUGGCGCUGGCUGUGGUCUACGCCAUCUGCACGCUGCCCGAAAACGUCUGCAACAUCGUCCUGGCUUACACGGCCACGUCCAUCUCUGAGAACACAGCCGCCCUGCUGGCGCUGAUCAAUCACUUCCUGUUGUUCUUCAAGGCAUCGGUCACACCUGUGCUGCUCCUCUGCCUGUGUAAGUCUCUGGGCCAGGCCUUCAUGGACUGCUGCUGCUGUUGUUGCGAGGAGUGCCAGCCCGCCGGCUCUGGCUCCUCCCCUUCCCACACAGGCCACUCCCUCGGGGCUGAGGUGAAGCUGAAGAGCACCAACGAGAUGUCCUCGUCCAUCUUCUUCGACAAGGCCAAGGAGAGCUCCACCAUCCUGUCUGUCAGCAGCUCCAGUUGAACUGGGCAUGCCUGGUCCUCCUCCAUGCUUUCUCACGCCCUUCUGUCUGUCUGUCUGUCUGUCUGUCUGUCUCUCUCUCUGAAUCCUGGUCCUUAUUUACCUGCAUCUGUAUUUCUAUCAUUUUCUCCCUUCCAGUCUUUCAGUCCAUUCAACAUACCUGAAUACAUCAGUUUCCUUCUUCCUUCUCUCUUUUCUUACAAUGUUAUAACAGUGUUCAGUCUAAAUGCAGAACUCUUUUUCCUUUCUUGUCUCCUCCUGACCCUUCUAUUUCGACCCCCCAUGUCUGUAAUGUCGUCUGUAUUGUCGUUUCCUAGAGCGAUGCUAGCUAGCCUGUUAGCCUCCAGCUACUUUCCAGAGCUAGAUGCUAGCUAGCUAGCAUAACUAGCUCCAGCCAGUCCACCCAGUGUCACAGUGGAAUAUAUUUGUACAGUCGUUUAAGUUGUUGACUCACAAGCUCAGUCUAGGAGGCUGGGGAGACCCCGGUCAGUAAUCUACCUGUAGAGGAGUGAAUCACUCCACAGUGGUGUUUUUUCUAAGGAUUGUUAGGUCAUCGUAAAACUGAACCAGUCUAGAUUGUAUGCUAGGUUUAACUAACCUGCCUUCUCCUCUCCACAGGACAGGAAACAUGAGUUAAUUAUGUUUUUUAUGACGAUGUCACAUCACACUGUUUACAUGUUCGAUAAACCACGUGACGCAGCCAGCCUUGCCUUGCAUUAGAAGUUGUCCCCAUCCACAGUACCCCCACCACUCACCUCGACCUCCCUUACCUUUAGCCAACCCCGUUUUUUGAUAAUAUAAUAUUUUUCAAAUCAAGAAUUGGUUGAGACUUGAUAGUCAUCUGCUGUCAGAUGAAAAUGCUGUGAAAUCAUAUUUUAAGCAGAAAUUGUUUUAUAACUAAGAUUAGUUAUGCCUGAAGUGAAGCUGAUGUACAGUUUUUGAGAAUGUGAAUUUAGACUUAAACCAGCCAGCUGUAGGAGUCUUUAAUUUAUCCAAUAAAGAUUUGUAAUGUACUUCA